CUCUCUCUCUCUCUCUCUCUCUCUCUCUCUCUCUCUCUCUCAGGAAUUCUUUCCCCGCCUAAUAUUGCAAGAGACACAAUUCACUACAAGUCUCCCUUUCCAAGCCGCUGCCAGCGUUCAGAGUGCCCGUAACUCCCGAUCCUUAGCGGAGAGAGGAGCCCUCACCACCUUCAACUCUCCCUCUCCCUCGUUUCCCGCCUCCUCUCACUACCUCCACCUCCACCUCCACCUCCGCCACCCACCGCCCGCAGCGCCUCCUCCUCCUCUCCUCCUCCUCCCCUUUCUCUCUUUUUUGGCAGCCGCUGGACGUCCGGUGUUGAUGGUGGCAGCAGCGGCAGCCUAAGCAGCAGCCCUCGGCGCGCGCCAGCUCCGCCAGCUCCGCCAGCUCUCGUCGCCCCUGCCUUCUCCAGCCCUCUCCAUCCCGUCUCCCGAAAGGUGCUGGGCGGAUCCGGGGCGGCGGAGGGCGAGCGGCUGCAGCGGCGGUAGCGGCGGAGGCAGCGGUAGCGGCGGCGGGAGGCAGGAUGAGCGCACGCGGUGAAGGCGCCGGGCAGCCGUCCACUUCAGCCCAGGGACAACCUGCCGCCCCGGCGCCACAGAAGCGAGGACGCGGCCGACCCAGGAAGCAGCAGCAAGAGCCGACCUGUGAGCCCUCUCCUAAGAGACCCAGGGGAAGACCCAAAGGCAGCAAAAACAAGAGUCCUUCCAAAGCAGCGCAGAAGAAAGCGGAGGCCAUUGGAGAAAAGCGGCCAAGAGGCAGACCUAGGAAAUGGGAAGUGAGAGGCCUGAGUUUUCAGGGGCAGAGGAGCUAUCUUCCAAAGCAGCUGCCUCCUAACGAACCCAUCAGAGGACUAUGAGAGGACACGGUGUAAGAUACUUUCUUCAGGAGCUGGCCCAAUCAGCUGUGGUUGGCUCAUUCCCCGCAACUCAUAGCAAUUCCUAAACUGAUCUCUGCUUUGAGACAAACAAAAGCUAUAGAAGGGGAUGAAAAUCAAGCAUUGGGAAAUAUGAAGUUAAGACAAGGUGAAAUUUGCUGGCAU